AUGUUUUCAUGCUACACAAAUAACAAGAACAAGACACAGGAAAAUGAGUUCUUUAUGAAGAAUGGAGCUGCAGUGUUAGAGCAUACCAUUCUUUUGUUUAGUGGAAAAACCAAUCCACUUCGAUCAUACUCUUCUCAACAACUCAAUAGGGCAACGCGCAACUUCGAUUCUAGUAGGCUGAUACACCAGAGUGGGAACAACAAGUUGUAUAAGGGGCAAUUGAUGGAGAAGAUUGUGUAUGAGUUCCCGAUUCAUGGCAAUCUCUCUCAUUUUGUCAAAACAUAUGGUGAAGAAGCACCACUGCCAUUUGAGACCAACUUAAGGAUUGACCAAGACUAUGCUGCCAAGCUGUUUGAUUUUCAAUCAUCACUUCUGAUUCCUGAAGGCAAAACUCAUGUAGAUGUGGAUCAGAUUAAUGGGAUUGUAGGGUAUAUAUCUCCUGAGGCAUGUUUUCAUGGACGUUAUUUAGAAAGGAGUGAUGUCUAUGGUUUUGGGGUUCUACUAUCUGAAUUAUUGACAGGAAAGAAUUUGGGACAACUACUUUGGUAUAUUUAUGAUUCGGCUGAUAAGAAAGACCUGAAUACUCAUAGAUCUAGGCUUGCCUUUUUGUUUUAUUCAUAUGCAAAGGCAAAGAAAGUUUAUGGAUAUGAGAGUGAGUCUGAGUAUUCAGGUCGGUAUGUUGCACCUCGCAAGGCUCAUGCAAAGAAGAAAAAGGAAACAAAAAAGGAUAAAGGCAAAUAUAUUUCUUAG